UGACUUCACUCAAAUGUCCUGCAAGCCUUACCCCAGACUACACUGGGUUCUCCUAAUGUAAGAUCUGGCAGCUAAGUCCUAAAACUAAGAUGAAUGUUAUCAUCACACACAUCAGCCUAGCCAAUAUACCUGACUGUCAACAUCUUCUUUGGAGCAUCAGUUUUUGUGCUAUACAGCAAGUGUACAGUCAUGGUCAAAAGUUUUGCAACUGACAAUAUUUACUGCUUUAGUUUUAACAGAUCCAGGUGUAUUAUUUUCAGGUUGCUGCGAAGAGUGAUCUUUGUAGCAAGAAGGAUCACUUUUUGAGUGAUCUUUGUUGCUACAAAGAUGCUUGAAAUCACUGUUUUUUUGUCAAGCAUGGACACCUCCAUGGAAACCAUCCCUUUGCAUCGAAGGGGCUACACAGGCAGGGAUAAUUCUAAUACAAAUUCACCCAAAUCAACAAUUUAUCAAAUCAUUAAGAACUUCAGUUCAGGACCAUCUCUUAAACUGGAUUUAACUAACGCACUUGGUUGCCAACAGUGCAGAGCUUGUAGAAGAAUGACAGACAGGUGUGACUGUUUCAGAAAAGAUGCCACUUCUCUCAAAGACAAAUUUCUGCAGCAGACUGCAGGAGGUACCGGGACUGGGGUAAGAAUAUUUUCUCAGACGAAGCCCCCCCCUUCAGACUGAAGUUAAGACAAAGACCUGUCUUGAGAAUAGACGAUGAAGAGUCCUGAAACAUCCUGUCAAAAGGGCUCAGUCACAAAUUUGUCUGAAAACAGUGCAAUGCAUAAAGGACUGGAUCAAGAUGUCUCCCAGGAGCAAAUUUGCUCAAUAAUCCAGGAGUAAUUUGGUGGUGAACUGUGUAACAACACAAAAGUGAUAGCUAAGUGGCUCGGGGAUCAAAACAUUGACAUUUUGAGUUAAUGGACUGGCAAUUUCACAAAACAUAAUUGUUAUUAAGAACAGAUAAAAAAUGUAAUAAACUUGUUGUAAGUAUUAAGAAAAGCCUUUGAUGCUUAAUGUUUAUUAAAUUUCAGUAUGUUUAAACUUUGUAAAGAAAAUAGUAAUUUGUCAAACUCAAAAUGUUUGGCUAAAACUUUACAUAAAACAAUGGACCCUUAAACCAAAUGCUUUCUUUCUAUUUUGGUCUGUAAAUUUAAUCUUAUGCAUUAUAUUUAUUGUACUAUAUUUACUUAUCAUCUAACUCAAUUUAGAUACAAUUAAAUUAUUAAAUAAACAAAACAAAAAAACUUACUUUUAUGAACAUAGUUUCCAGCAUUUAGAACAGGGGCAGGAUUAAACUGAGUGCCCACAUGCUUCCACAAUGAAAGCUGAAACACCACCAACAACCAUUUUCCAGGGUUACUUUUUGUUCUUCUGAGAACGGUUGUCUUCUUAAAGGGACAGUGUUCAUAUUGAUCGCCACUAUGACAUCGGAGAGGACGCGUGUCACUUUAAAAGCACAUGACAGCUAGAAGUGGUGAAACAGGAAUACGAGAGCGUUUUCUGGGAAGAAAAUGUCUGCAUUAUCAUACUACGUUGCUUAGUUUCCAGCCUCCCCAUCGAGCCGGUAGGCAGUUCCUCCGUCCGCAGUGACAAUUGGCUGGGCUCCUCUUACAGCUGCUUCCUGCUGCGCCGCACAGCGUUGCUUCAACGAGCUGCCGCGUGCACGUUAGGCACGCGACGUGAAAGUUCCCGCGCGGCUAAAGAUCAAAGUCCUCCGCUCCAAGGCGAUCUUCUUUAUCGGAAUGUUGAAAGGUUAACGAGGCUCGCCUUCGUCCUGUAGGUUAUACUCGCCUGUUGCAGCUGGAAGCUCCGGGCCUGCUGGAAGCAGACCCACACCGCAGCCGGACAGAGCGCCGUGGCGAGCCGGGAGGAUUUACCAGCGUUGUGGAAGGAAGACGGAAGAGCCGGUGCUAUCAUGACUGAGAAACGAAUGUCGCGGUGGUAUUUCGGGGGGCUGGCUUCCUGCGGAGCCGCGUGCUGCACGCAUCCUCUGGAUCUCCUCAAGGUCCACCUGCAGACACAGCAGGAAGUGAAGAAGAGGAUGGUUGGGAUGGCCGUGCACGUGGUGAAGAAUGACGGGGUGUUGGCUCUCUACAACGGUCUCUCUGCCUCCUUGUGUCGACAGGUCACCUACUCCCUCACUAGAUUUGCCAUCUAUGAGACAGUCAGAGACAUGAUGGGUAACACUGGCAAGGGACCGAUGCCUUUUUACCAGAAGGUCCUGCUGGGAACGUUUGGAGGAUUCACUGGUGGGUUUGUUGGGACACCAGCAGACAUGGUGAAUGUUAGAAUGCAAAAUGACAUGAAGCUACCACCAGAGCAGAGAAGAAACUAUAAACAUGCCGUUGAUGGACUCUACAGAGUCUUUAGAGAAGAGGGUGUAAGGAAGCUAUUUACUGGAGCCUCCAUGGCAUCUGGCAGGGGUGCAUUGGUUACUGUGGGACAGUUGGCGUGUUAUGACCAGGCCAAGCAGCUAGUGUUGGGAACUGGUGUGCUGGGAGACAAUAUGCUCACACACUUCCUGUCCAGCUUCAUAGCUGGAGGCUGCGCUACGUUCUUGUGUCAGCCUCUGGAUGUGCUCAAAACAAGGCUGAUGAACUCUAAAGGAGAGUACACUGGAGUGCUGCAUUGCUUGCGGGAAACGGCCAAGCUGGGUCCGCUGGCGUUUUACAAGGGCCUUGUCCCAGCGGGGAUCCGCUUGAUUCCCCACACGGUUCUCACCUUUGUUUUCCUGGAGCAGCUGAAGAAGUACUUCGGCAUUCGUAUCAUCUCCUGAUCCGCUCUGUCGCAGCCAAUCCCGUCCUCCAUCGUCCAGCUCCUCAUUAUUCACAAGAAAAGAAGGGAAGCGGGGGCUGAACAGUUUGUGAUUGUCCUUUGGGUGCUUUCCCUCUCCUUGUUCUCUACCUCCAUGCCAUAAUUGGGUUUUCAUGACUUGGAUCCGAAACCCCCAGUUUUUGUCAUUCUCGCUGCCCCUUUUACUGUAAGGGAAGGAAAAAACAAGUGAUUUAAACCUGCUGGAAUGAGGUCAAUAACAUCAACAAAAUAUUAAUAAUCAGAGAUUACUGUUGUAGUUUAAUGGUUAUAUAAUUGUUACAAUUAACUCUUCACGUUGAGGUUGUCGGAUCUAUUUAUUUAACGUCAUGUUGGGAACUGGCAGAAUUUUAACUUAGGCUAAUUCCAAAUUAGAUGUUUUUUAAUCCGACCUGAAAACUAAUCCAUUGCCAGAUUGUAACUCUUUUAGAAAUCACGCAAAGUGAGGAAUAACUGCAAACUGUAGUGGAAAUGCUUACUUUAUAGUUCUGUAAAACAAUUAGUUUUUCAGAAGGGUGUUCAGGAGCAGUGCGUGAAAUCCUCCAGAAGUUGUAAGCAGAGCAUAUCUUUAUCAGCACCUAUCCGACCAAUCUAUAAUGGAUUUAAAAAGCCAUAAAUCUAAAAAAUACAACGAGCUCUUUUGUAUUCAUCCAGCAGUCUUUAACCGCAGAGCUGUCAAAAUGGGAUCCAUAAAAUUUAUCACUUUAUUUCCACUUUAAUAUUUUACAACUCAUAAUCAAACACAGAUUAAAAUGUGAUUAAUUUAUUGCUGCUGCUCCUUUAAUUCAUUCCACUGUCACCACGUCACAUCUGGAAAAGGAGAGGACCAAGUUUUUUUUUUUUUUUGUUUCACGCAGAUUGAACUAGAAAGGAAACUGAAAUGUAUAACAGUGAUUUAUUGACAUUCUGGUAACGAUAAAAGCUAUUUAGUGUCUUAGAUCCUGGUAGCACUCUGUAUCCAUUCUGAGAAACCUGCUGUUUAAAACAACAGCUCCAUGUCAGCCUGCAAUGCUAGUUUUAUAUCUAAGUGAAUGCACGUCAGGCUUUGUGGUACAGGUACCUGAUUUUAAAGGCACUUUAUUUAAAAAGCCAACACUGACUGGCGUUUUAAGGUUUAAAAUGUUCAAAUUGAAAAUGUGAAUGAAUCGAGUUAAACAUGUUUUCCUGUUUCUGUCACUCAUUUUCCUGUAGUAAGGUUUGAGUUGGGUGUAAAGAGUAGCUUUCCUGUUUAGCUGUGCCUGCUAAAGUCAUGUUGCCUUACACUACCUGUCCUGCAGGGGGCAGCGUUGUUACAUGUAAGAUUUCCUGUUUUAUGCACCUGAGAGGUACUCUGUUUUCAUCUCAGGAUGAAGUCUUUAUCAUUUAUUUUAUUUACAUUCACUGGAAUCAAAGUGUUGGGACAGUUAUGGGUCAGUAAAUUUUAAUAUUGUAGGUUUUUCACUAAUAAUUUUGCAAAUUAAAGUACUAAUUGAAACUG